GCUGAACAAAAGAGAUAAGAAGACCAAAAAUGGGUCAGUGUUUUGAAAACUAUGCUUCUGCCUUGGAUUCUUAUCUGCGAUUUCGGGUUCCAAAAUUCUACAGAAGCUGCCCUUAGUUUGCCUCAAGCUGUGGUCGCCUGCUGGUCGUGGAAAAUGGCUCUGGUUUUCAUAUUGCUGAUCCUCCUGCUGGGUUUCGUGGGAUACGUAGCCUAUGUGGUCCACAAGAAGGGCAUAGAUCCCAAGGACAUCCGCAUCCACAGCCUGCAGGACGCUAAGAAACUGCUGAAGCCUCCGCCAAGUGGAAAUGGACCCCACAAAUACUUGGAGAAAAGGGCAUGAGGCCUUGUUUACGGAAACUCACUUUU